AUGUUAAUGUACCAGUUUCAUGAAACAAAAAUAUGGAGUGAAUCAGUGCCAAGCUUCUUUUUUACCGAUACAGUCUCUCUAUGUCUCUGCUAUGAAGUGAAGACACGUGACAUUUAUCAAGAUAUGCUGGAAGAUGGAGAACUGUUUAAGACAUCAGGAUACGCACGAGACCAUUCUUUACAAAGUAUAGAAAGCAGGAAGGAAAGUCCUUCAACUAGAUGAGACACACGUCAAUUCAAGAAUUUGUUGGUUUGUGACCUAAGGGAUAACAAAAUCAGUCACUAAGAAACAAAUUAGGCAGAGAAUUAUAAGGUCUGCCUAUUUAUCUUAAAAAUGGUGUUAACACUUUAACUCAUGGACAUGAUAAGAUAGCCAUGCAUGUGAUGCAAAGCAACUUUCACCAAGAGCUACAUCUCUUCCUAUGGAUCGGUAAGAAGGGGGCGAUGGAGAGAUACUACUAAAUCGACCAAGUUCAUUGUUAAGAUGGAGUAAAAUAUGUAUACUUUUACAGGAUAAAGGAGCUGCAAAUGAAACUGCAAAAGCGACAAGAGGAAAUGGCGACAAACUUUAACAUUUUUUUUAAGAACACAGAAAAACGGAAAACAACCAAAACAGAAGACCUUUAAAGGACAGUAGAACUGUAAUUUUAAAAACGAUAAUACUUAUUUGCCAUUACGUAUUUGCACGUAAUAAAUAAAUGACAAAAAAACAUAAUCUACGUGUUUGUUUUAUUUAAAGAUAUUUUAUACAUGCCGUGGAGCUUUAUCUGUCACCCAUGCCAGUGCAACUUCUCGUGUUCUUCUGUGAAUAUUAGUGUUGCUUCGUAUUUCCCAAACCCUUUCCCCUCGGGAAUUGUUGUCACCACCUCUUCCUGAUUACAGAUAAAAAUAAUGAACAUGAAAUCCGACCGCCAUACACCCUUCCAGAAAGUACGUCACUUUCGGUAUAUAGCCUCGUUUUCGUGUAUGUGACAUUAUUUAUAACACAACGUCUCAAUCAUCAAAACGAGGCUCUAUAACCAAGGUGACAUACUUUCUGGAUAGGUGUAUCGCAUGUUUUGUUAAGUCCAGGUGCAUUUUUCUUUUUCCCAAUUCUAUAUUAUUGCCAGUCGUCUGACCACUCUUCUUCUUAGUUCCUCCUGGCUUUCUGAUUCCUAUACAACUUCUGAUUAUUUGCUGUCCAUGACCCAGCCAUGCAUGUCAGUUCUCCCUUACAGGAAUCUUAUCUCCUUUAUAAAAAAUAAACAUUUAAUGUAUUUCCACUUUUAUUAUUUCUUCACAGAUGCAAAGAAAAUUUGUUUUUCGAAGUAUGGAUGCUUUUCCAUCAAUAAAUAUUUCCAAGUCAAACAUGCUGCACUACCGUCCCAUCCAAAUGUCAUUCAAACUAAAUUCUUCCUUCAUACCAGAAGAAAUCCCAAAAGUGCUGAAGAAUUGAAAUUGAAUAAUAUCAGUUCAAUCAUGACGUCUAAUUUUGAUCCAUCUCGCAAAACAAUUUUGAUUGUCCACGGCUUUGCUCAUCAUUCCGAGAAACCCUGGGUGAUUAAGAUGAAGAAUGCGUUGUUAAUGAGAUAUUGGUAUAAUGUGAUCAGUGUGGAUUGGAGAAAAGGAGCGUCAUAUCUUACCAUGUCGUAUUUAAAAGUAAGUGUUUAAGACCGUUACUAAAAUCUAAACAACAUUAACUUUAUUUAAAUUUGUAAUGCUAAAUUAUUAUUUCUUUCUAAACUGUACUCCCUAUGAAUAUUUCUAAUUGAGAUUAAAUCAAGAAACUAGCUUAACUCACUGUAUGCAGUUCUGUAACUAAGAACAUCACAAGUAAGGUUUAUCGCUUGUCUGUCCAGUGUUAAUACUUAAUACAGGAGGAAUCCUACCUAGACUACGCCAAAUUUGUAGCUCCAUAUAGGUCCAAUUUGUAACUUUGCGACCCAGCCUUUAUUGGUCCUGUAUUACUAAAAGAGGAAAGUGUAGACAAACUGAAAGCACAUUUCUUAAUAUAUGCAACUGAGGCAAUAAAAUGUCUGGGAAAGUGCGGUGAAUUUUCCAUUUACGAAAACGGCAAAUAGCUGAUAAAAUUCAUUGUUUGGUAUUUGCCUAUUUGGCUUCUGCAAAUAUUUAACCUGAUUUGGUGGAAAAACGUUGAAGUUGAAUAUGUAGUAGUUAUAUAUAUCUGAUCUGAACACAGCAGCUUAUCAAGUUAAAAACAAAAUAAAUCUCAUCCCUCUUCUUCUUUUAGAGAGUAUGUUUUGGCCAGGGCCGCCGAGAGCUUGGCGGGGGCCCGGGGCAAAUUUUUAUUAGAGGCCCCUAUUUUAGAAUUUUUGUCCGGAAACUUUUCGACAACUUUUUAGGGAAAAAUAUUUUUCCGGACGAGUACGUUGUAAUUGCUUUCCAGCGACUUUACCUCAAUUUUACUUGGCCCCAAAAAACAAAUAUCUUGCCCUUUUCGCGGAAAUAUUUCAACCAAAAAAUGACUGGGGCCCAACAAAACAUUUAUAGGGGCCUUAGGACCUGGGGGGACGGGGAAAGUUGACCCCCCCCUGCCUCCUCUCUCGGCGGCCCUACUUUUGGCCGGUGUGUUUCACUAUGCACCCACGAUUAACAUUCUGUAUUUUCAGGCUGUUGCAAAUGCCCGUCUUGUUGGUGCACAGAUUGCAUAUCUAAUUCAAAUUCUGAAUGACGUCACUGGUGUAUCUACCAAGUCAGUUCAUAUCAUUGGCCACAGUCUGGGAGCUCAUAUAGCUGGGUAUACUGGGAAACGAUUAGCAAGAAAAAACGUCACGCUUGGAAGAAUUACAGGUAUGGAUAAUAUCUGUUAUAUAUUCAGACGUUAACUUUGGAAAUAAAUAACACACUGUCCGUCUUCUGUCCCUGUAUACUCAAUGUCAGACAUCAAACUAAAAUUUACUGAUUGUCAGACAAUUGUAUUCAUGCAACAAGAGAAAAAAUGUUAGUGUUCGUCAAAUCUCCACCUGGAACAGUCAUAGUCUUGAUUAUAGUUUUUAAUUAUUAAACACUUUAUUAAAUUGGCGGCUAUAACAUAAUGUAACUAACUAUAAUUUGACUCACAAAUCAUGACUUUUAGCUCGAAUUAAUACUCAUUUUUUUCAACUGAUAAAUUGUGUCUUUCUCUGACCAAGGUCUGGACCCAGCAAGGCCACAGUUUGAAGGAAGUCAUGCUGAGGCGCGCCUGGACAAAACUGAUGCAAAUUUUGUUGACGUCAUUCACACAAAUUCUGCACCAUUCCUUUUUGGUGGAGCAGGAUUUCGCGGUCAGCUCGGUGAUGUUGAUUUCUAUCCUAAUGGAGGAGAAUAUCAGCCUGGGUGUGAGGGUUUAUUGAAAUGUAAGAAAUGAAUGUAUUCUUUUGAAUAUAGCUACGUGUGGCGAACGACAGGAAACAUUAUUGAGGAUUGACUAACUCAAAUAUUUUCCUUUUUCGAUUUUCUCAUCCUCGACUAGAACUUUUUCCAGUCUGGAAAGCAAAAUCCUUUUUUUUGGACAAAUUCCACUGAAACAACAUAAUGUUUCCUAGUUUACAAAACCGGGGGCUAUAGGACUGAUAGAGUAAUCUGCCCGAUAACUCCACCACUCUGUACCUAUUUGGAUACAUACUGGCCAAAUACAGAAAGUUCUUUAUAUUACAGAUCUAGAGAAGCUGUUUUUUAAAAGGAAACUAUGUAGAAUAAAAUGUGCUACCGACAGUUAUGCACGUUCAUGCAAAAGAAUAAACUUCAGAACAAAAAUUUUAUUCUUCAGUCCUCGGAAUUGAAUUGAAUUUGAACUAAAACGUGAUUGUUCAGACAAUGAUAGUUAAAUGUAUGGACGACAGGAUUUGUUACAAGAUUGGUUCCCCGUUAAUUUCAGUACUUCUAAUAUAACCAGCUUGUGGAAAUAUACAAUGUAAUAAUCUGUAACUGAGCCACUGUAACCGAGUAGAAGGAGUGUAUGUUUGAUUUCAAACUGUCUAUACUAUUAUUGUAUGUUUUUGGUUGCCUCUUUAAUUGUGUAUAUAAUAACAUCUUGCUGAAAAUUUCUAUAUAGCAAUCUGGAAAAGUGGAAUCUUACAUGCAGCGACAUGUCAUCAUAUGAGAGCAGUGGAAUAUUUUACGGCAUCAAUUCAACAAGAGUGUUUGUUCCCGGCGUUUCCAUGCUCUAGCUGGAAGGAAUUUACGGAGGGGAAAUGUCUCAAUAAAUUUCGUGUCAGAGAUAUAUCACUGAUGGGCAUGCAAGCAGAACAAUGUAAGAAACACGAGCAGCCAAUGUAUCUGACCACACUGUCGAAAUCACCUUUUUGUGGUAUGUGAACAAUCAGUAGUUUCGUCGUUUUCAUCUAGGGAUACCAUAAUAUGUUUUGGAAGAACUACAAAAUUGGUUCUGAAGAAAAUUGGCAGGGGGGGGGGGAGCAUUCACAGAAAAAAUGCAGAAUUCAUCCCCUCCCCGAGGCCACGCCCCUGAUGACAGCUACUCAAAUUCCUUGCAAUUUCAAGACCAAAUGCAACUGAUAAUGUCUUUUUACAACGUGUUUUUGUUACUUGGGUUGUCCAUCUUAAUUCUAAGUUUGUAUACUAUUGUUCUUUUUCAGUCUACAAUUAUGUGAUUCAAAUAUCUUAUUCGAAAAGUGGGACAAAAUAUAAUUCUGUGUAUGUUCAAUUAACUGGAAGUAAAAGCACAUCCAAGAAGAAAAAGAUUCAAUUAGACAGGUAUUAUGUGUAUCAGUGUAUGUGUGUUGAAAAUAACUAAAUACACUUAAUUUGGAGGCAAUGUAUAAAAUUGUGUUGUAUUUCUGUUUAAAAAACGCUUUCUUAUAUUUCCUAUAGGGGAUCUGGAACCAAACUAGAACUGACUACGGAUAGUGAAGAUGUUGGAGAAUUGAUUAGUGUGGAACUGUUUUACUACGGCUUUAAUUCCUUCUAUAUCCAGAAUGUUCGGGUGAACAUCCUACAUAGAAAUGAAAUGUAAGAGUAUUUCAUUUGUAUUUGUUUUUUCUUAAUCAAUUACUAGUCUCAUUCUUUAACCUAUCUUGUACCAUUCAGGAUUCUUGUCCUCUAUACCUCUUCUGUCGCUUUUGUCUACCUUCAGUUCCUUAACUAUUUAGGUCUCCAUCUGGGCAGUCGAUCCAUGAUUAUUCACUUCUUCUCCGGUCUUUAUCGCCUUCUGUUAGCAUUUAUCUCCAGCAUCACAUUGUCCCAUGCAACCCGCGCUCUGUGAUCUCUUCUUAUUAUGGCCCAUAUGAUCUUAGCCUUGCUUUAUUCACUUUCCCUGCGAUGUCUGUUACCUCCAUCUCCUUUUGAUAUCUCCAUUCCUCGUCUACACUAGCUGACAAUAAAAUCCCCAUUACCUAACGUACAUGAUUCAGUUUUGUAUAAGCUUUCUUGGCAUUUUUCUACCACAGAUCACUCCUGAUAAUUCUCUACAUCCAUUGAAUAUACCACUAGAAUACUUAUAAAUAUAUAAAAUAAAUAAUUACGCACUUUAUUAGCAUUUCAAUAAACAUUUUUGCAUUCAAGAAAAAAAACAUUCAGUGUUAUUUUCUCAUUUUAAGAGCCAGUCAUUCUAUUUUUGUUCUAGAUAUACUUCUUGUUUUGACCAACUCGUUAAAAAUAGUUUCUGGCUAUUCUGGAGCCUCUCUGCAGCAACGUACAAGCGUGAAGCUUACAUCGGCGAGAACUGCGAUACGACAUUUUUCUAAAUGCGUUGGUGUGAUCAUGUAUAGAACGGGACAACAUCGAUAUGCAACAAAGUGUUAUCUUCAUAUUGAUCAUAAAUGUUUGUCCAAUGCUAUAUUUUUGGCUUACCAUGCAGUAUGUGCAUACCAGCAAGUAUAGUGCUUGAAAUAGAAUAAUAGAUGCCAGCUGGCGCAAGUCACAGGACUGACUUGUGCAGAAGUGAAAGUAUACACUCACGCGGCAUGUAGGAGUUUGAUCGAUGAAGGUAUACAUCACUCUUCAAGAAUGGUUCAAGAUUGUACAACUAUUACCGAGUUAUGAUAACUGUAAUCUCGUAUGCAGCUAGUCUUCACUUGAUUUGGAAAUCAAAGAUGGGAAAAAGGGGACUAAACGUCGUUUUCCCGUCAGGGAAUGAAGUUGGACAAGACCAAAGUAGCACACAAAGCUACACAACCCGGCAGGAGCGAUAUGUUUCAGGUUUACCAAGCCUUGAUGGUAUAUUUCAUUAUAACCAUGCUAUCGUACAGCAGAUACUGUAUAUAUUAUUGCUUAUUUUCAUUGUAUGUAUAGCAGUCAUGACUUUGGGAGCAAAAAAUAAAAUUUAGUAAUUAUGUAAUAUACUAUAUAGUGUUCACAUUUCUGAAGUUGACAGCAAUCUGCUGCUCUGUAACGCCAAUUUUAUUAUUCAAAUACAGCUAAUUCAGAAAAAGUUGGCCUUCGAGCCCUUACGCCCGUAUUCUAAAAGCUCACUCACACUCAAUGAGUGGAGGUUCAAUCUGAGCUUCUUUUGAGUGUCAAUGCUGUUUUUGAAUAGCUGGAGGGUGAGUAGUCACAUAGUAAGGUAUGACACUAGCCCUUCAGUAAUUCAAAAACAGCAAUGACACUCGAGAGAAGCUCAGAUUGAACUUCCACUCAUCGAGUGUGAAGUAGUGUGAGUGAGCUUUUAGCCAUACGGGCGUUAAACUCGAAGCGCGGAAACCACAAUGGGAAAAUGCUCUCCAUAGUCGUAAUUCUUGACUGUAUGCACACACGCAUUAAGUUUUUCAGACUAAAUAUACGACAAACACACUGUGUUCCCAUUGCGCUUUUCGCGCUUAGAGUUCAAGAUUUGAGGUUUAGAGUUUCGAAGGACAACGUUUUCUGAAUGGCUGAAUGGCUGAAUUAGCUGUGUAUGUCAAAAUGCAUGUACAUGUGUAUGUGAUCUAACGCACUUAAUUAUAAUAUAAUCGAAACGUUUCUGUAAAUAAGACACACGGUAUUUGACUGUAUUUUAUUCAUAAGAAUAAAUUUUAAGGUUGCAAGAGUGUAACGUUUGUGUUAAAUGUUCGGUCUAUAAGACUGCACGAAUAAAUGCAUCGGUAAUGAGUUCCUGCGAACUAUGAGGGGGCACUCCUGCUUAAAUCUCUGGUGAAGGGGUGAGGGAUGAGGAAGGGUUCAAAUUAAAUUACCUGAAAUUUUAGAUUGC